AUGGUGAAUGAUGGGUGUUCCCAAGGAACUUCUCAAUGUAAUUUGCUAGAGAUCAGAUUGUUGAUGUUGCUCAAUCACUCAAUCAUUGAGAUUAAUCAAAAUGAAGGAUCUUUACAGAAAACUCAUUGUGUGAAUGUGGAAUUUAAAUUUCGGUUAAUCAAAGAACCUUUGCG